ACCUUUCCAGAGAAGGAUAGAGGUUGGGAGAGAGGGAUGAGUGCUUGGUGAUGGCAGACAAAUCUCUCACGGUGUUCGUGAAGCUGUUCGCUGCGGUAUUUUACGGACUCAGUUCUUUCCUCAUCGUCGUGGUAAACAAGAGCAUCCUAACAAACUACAGGUUCCCCUCGUCAAUAUGUGUCGGCAUUGGUCAGAUGCUGGCCACCGUGGUCGUGCUGUGGGUGGGCAAGGCUCUGAGGGUGCUAAGUUUCCCAGACUUCGACCAGAGUAUACCUCGCAAGACCUUCCCGCUCCCUUUCUUGUACGUAGGGAACCAGAUAACUGGACUGUUUGGAACAAAACGGCUAAACCUGCCGAUGUUCACAGUCCUCAGGAGGUUCUCCAUCCUCUUCACCAUGAUGGCUGAAGUUCUGCUGCUCAAGAAGACAUUCUCCAGGCCCGUCCAGCUAACAGUGUUUACGAUGAUCCUGGGGGCGUUUGUAGCGGCAAGUGCUGACCUGUCUUUCGACCUCCAAGGCUAUGUGUUUAUUCUGCUAAAUGAUGUUCUGACUGCAGCUAACGGAGCCUACGUCAAGCAGAAGCUAGACUCGAAGGAGCUGGGGAAGUAUGGCUUGCUGUAUUAUAAUGCGUUGUUUAUGAUCUUUCCAACUAUGCUGCUAGCUCAACUCACUGGAGACGUGCAGAGGGCGGUGGAAUAUGACGGCUGGUCAGACAUCCUGUUUCUCAGCCAGUUCAUCCUAUCCUGUAUCAUGGGGUUUGUGCUGAUGUAUUCCACGGUGCUCUGUACACAAUACAACUCAGCUCUAACCACCACCAUCGUGGGCUGUAUCAAGAAUAUUCUAGUGACAUACAUCGGGAUGGUGUUUGGUGGAGACUACAUUUUCUCUUGGACAAACUUCAUUGGUUUAAAUAUCAGUAUUGCAGGCAGCCUGGUGUACUCCUACAUCACUCUGACGGAGGAGCAGUCCAGUAAACCCUCUGAGAACGCCAGCAAGAUGGAGAUCAAGGGGAAGGUGGUGGUAUGACAUCAUGGUGACAUCACAGGGAGGUGGUGGUAUGACAGAGGAAGAGACACUGGAGAUCCCUUUUUUAAAUGUUAACGGUACAAGAGAACUUUCUAUUUUUGGUACAUGUUGUAUUUAUGGACUUAACAGCUGUGGUUACCAUAGCAACCAACUGGACACCCCACCAUGGCAACAGGCUCCUCCCACUGGACACCUGGAUUAGGAGGGCGUGCUGGGGCAACAUGAUUACCAUUCUAAUAUUUAUAAUGGAUCGAUUUUAAAAGGGUGCUUUUACUGAACUGCAUGAUUAGUCAUAAGACAUCAUACUAUUACAUAAUGGAGAGCACGGUCUUCCCGUUUGUGGUGAAACGUGGUCAUGUGGAUAGAAUUCUCUCCUGAUGUCAGAACCAAGCAGAAUGUGUAGAACCAACCUGGAACGGUCCAAUGGAAUCAGAGGCAGUAUUAUGUGUGGGUGUGUCUGCUGGUAUGCAUUAAUGUUUACUGAUGGUUUGCUGCUUCUGUUGUCCAUCAUAUCUGAAAGGAAAGAGUGUUUAUAUUGUCAUUCUCUAGUAUUACUGAAUGUCUGGUGUGACUGGGUCUCAGUAGAGGCAACAUGCAGUAAUUAUGUUUAUCAUUGUCAUAUUUUCAUUUGCUUUUAAAAACAAUAUUAUUGCACUUUUACCAGCUGUCAGUCUGUCUAGCUAGCCAGUGUUGGGAGAAGUUCUGUGUCUAGCCAGUGUUGGGGGAAGGUCUGUGUCUAGCCAGUGUUGGGGGAAGUUCUGUGUCUAGCCAGUGUUGGGGGAAGGUCUGUGUCUAGCCAGUGUUGGGGGAAGGUCUGUGUCUAGCCAGUGUUGGGAGAAGGUCUGUGUCUAGCCAGUGUUGGGAGAAGGUCUGUGUCUAGCCAGUGUUGGGAGAAGGUCUGUGUCUAGCCAGUGUUGGGAGAAGGUCUGUGUCUAGCCAGUGUUGGGGGAAGGUCUGUGUCUAGCCAGUGUUGGGGGAAGGUCUGUGUCUAGCCAGUGUUGGGGGAAGGUCUGUGUCUAGCCAGUGUUGGGAGAAGGUCUGUGUCUAGCCAGUGUUGGGAGAAGGUCUGUGUCUAGCCAGUGUUGGGAGAAGGUCUGUGUCUAGCCAGUGUUGGGAGAAGGUCUGUGUCUAGCCAGUGUUGGGAGAAGGUCUGUGUCUAGCCAGUGUUGGGAGAAGGUCUGUGUCUAGCCAGUGUUGGGAGAAGGUCUGUGUCUAGCCAGUGUUGGGGGAAGGUCUGUGUCUAGCCAGUGUUGGGGGAAGGUCUGUGUCUAGCCAGUGUUGGGGGAAGGUCUGUGUCUAGCCAGUGUUGGGGGAAGGUCUGUGUCUAGCCAGUGUUGGGAGAAGGUCUGUGUCUAGCCAGUGUUGGGAGAAGGUCUGUGUCUAGCCAGUGUUGGGAGAAGGUCUGUGUCUAGCCAGUGUUGGGAGAAGGUCUGUGUCUAGCCAGUGUUGGGAGAAGGUCUGUGUCUAGCCAGUGUUGGGAGAAGGUCUGUGUCUAGCCAGUGUUGGGGGAAGGUCUGUGUCUAGCCAGUGUUGGGAGAAGGUCUGUGUCUAGCCAGUGUUGGGGGAAGGUCUGUGUCUAGCCAGUGUUGGGAGAAGGUCUGUGUCUAGCCAGUGUUGGGAGAAGGUCUGUGUCUAGCCAGUGUUGGGAGAAGGUCUGUGUCUAGCCAGUGUUGGGAGAAGGUCUGUGUCUAGCCAGUGUUGGGGGAAGGUCUGUGUCUAGCCAGUGUUGGGAGAAGGUCUGUGUCUAGCCAGUGUUGGGAGAAGGUCUGUGUCUAGCCAGUGUUGGGAGAAGGUCUGUGUCUAGCCAGUGUUGGGAGAAGGUCUGUGUCUAGCCAGUGAACUAUAGAUGCCUUACUGUCACACCAUGUCCAGGGUUAACUUACCCUAAAGGCUUGCACACAUCGCACCGAAUGUGGAUCUAGCUUCGCCUGCUGAUCGUUCAGCGCGCUGAACAGAGGUCUGACUGCCAACAUUUCUCAUAUGCUUCUACAUGGAAAAUCGGUGCGCACUCUGUUCACAAAUUACAUUGAGGUUAACUCCACCCUAACAAUGAAAGCUCCAUGUUUUCCUUAGCCGUUUAAAGGUAGACUCCUAAAUGUUGCCACGAGCAGCACCGCAGAUAGAGAUGAGCGAGAUGCAAGACUUUGCUCUCACAUAGUCACACAGUAUGUGCACAGGUUGGCUUCACGCUGUUGGAGCAUGGUUGGCUUCACGCUGUUGGAGCAUGGUUGGCUGUUCGCUACAUACUUCAGUCUGAGACUGCCCUGGUUUGUGGUGUUGUACAAAACAAAGUCAUCUCUAACCAGGGUAUCAAAGCCAAUGACGAAUUUUCAAAACUCAUGUUCUGGCUCUGGCCCAACCCAUCGGUUAGAAUGUUUGCGUUCUAGAAAUCUUCGGGAUCCAGACUCUUCCGUGGGCGUGGCAUAGCGUUUGGGUAGCCAGGCAACCAAAACAGCAGAGAAGUUGAGGCAAUUGACCGACUAUGCUGUUUACUUCCUGCAUCUACGUCAUAUCGCUGAGUCUACUUUUAAGCAGCGCAAGAGUCACUUGCUGGUGUAGCAUGUCUCAUUGUUUUAACUGUGGCUGGCAGGCAACAGAAACAGACACAAUACCUUCUCCCCUAAGGGUUAAUGAUGGGACUAACUUAACCCUAAAGGCUGUUUAAUACUUUCUACAAACGUCAGGGUCCUUUUACAUGCCAUUACCCAACCAGUCAAGUUGUCAGGUAUGGCAAUAUUCACCUUUUAAAAAUCUAUUUUUUAUAUACCAAUGUCUGCACUCCACAAGGUUUUAGCUGGGUGUACUUUUUGUUACUGAUCUGUGUACUAAAUUGAGUGAAUCGUGAUGUUGAACUUUGGCUCCUUAACAAUGUAUCUGUUACUGUAACAUGACAAACCAUCUUCAAAACCAGAACAAUGUUUUUUAACAUUAAAAAUACCUCAUCUACAA